AUGAUGGACGUGCAAGUAAUCCGAGCAGCAAGUCUCGCUCAUCGCAUUAAUGCAAGCCCACCAUACUAUGUCGUAGACCUUCCUAAGGCGGGCCAGCGCCUGAUAUUCUGCGACAAGCCCUCGACAUCCGAGGGGUACGCGAGCGCCAUUCGUAUCAUGGAGGAAUUCUGCCAGGCGAAGCUGGUGAGCAAGAAAGCUCAGAGGCGUAAAAUACAAUCCAUCAUUCUGUCCGAGAUCGCGCACGUUUCGGAUGAAUAUCUGGAACCUAUGCAUAUGCUAGUCAAGCUUACGCUUCCGACGUCCUCCGGAAUACCGACAGCCAUCUCUGCUCACGUCUAUGUUACCGACUCCAUCCCUAAUGGGAGCUAUGAUACAGCAAAUGUGUUUUGGUCGAGUGACCAGGAGCUGCUUGAACAUGAGAUAGCUGCUCUUAGGGAGGCUGUAAAGCUGUAA